UGGAUUGUAAAACAAUGAAAAAGUGAUAAAUAGUGUUUACAUUUGUUUUCUAAUUUGUUUUAAAGUUAUAAUUUAAAAUAUAACAAACGAGUAAAAGGUGUUCUUAUUCCAUCAAAAGUGUAAACAAACAAAAUUACUUAUAAUUAUGUAUAAUGUACCACAUAAGUAUCGCCAAGUUUGUCGAUUGUGCCUCACUUUGGUUAAUGAGCAAGAUAUUGCAGAUCUACAAAUAUAUAACAGUGAAAAAAGUCCCAAUGAAAAACUUAACCAACAUAUUCAUAACUUUAAAAAGUGCAAUAUAAAUGAUAAUUUAUCAAAAUGUGUAUCCAAUGCCUUCGACUCAAAAUCAUGUUGCUGUCAAUGUGAUAACUCGUUAUCAGCAGUGGAAAGCAAUAAUGAAAUGGGCUCAUUGAAUCAUCUUCACAAAAGCAAUUACACACCAAGUGUGCCUUCUGCCUCUGUCAACCCGCCAUGCAUUAUAGAAUCCAAAAAGUUUGAUCCAAUAUUUUCAAAUAAAAAUAGUCUGCAAACUAAUUUAUCAACAUUACACUUUCAAUCACCAUCAACGACACAAGAUGUUGAACUACAAAAAAGAGUAACAUCUAAACCAAUUGGUCAGGGCGAGCAUCAAAUUAUACAUAGCCUACCCAGCAUAGGAUAUGACACUGCUGCUGAAUCUAUUCCCACAAAAAAUCUAUUUUAUGAAGUUGACGAAAAUUCUUCAACACACGAGGAUUACAGCCAAGAGCAUAAAGAUGAUUCAUCACCGCAUAUUUCAAUUCAGAUAUUCAACUGUCUCUCUAUUAAGCCAUUACCGAAUGAUGGGUUCCCCUCUGUUAUCUGUCAUGAGUGCCGAAGUAAACUUGAAUCGUUUUGGAAGUUCCGCAACAUGGCACAUAAUUCACAUUAUGCGCUAAGAGAUUUUUUGGCAUUAUCGGAAUCAUCCAAGCUUAAUCCAAACAAUUUGGAAACAAAAUUGGAUGCAAUUUUAAAAUCUUCAUCUGAAGCAAUUGCUGCGAAGGCACUGACUGAGCUGAGCAAAUCUUCAAAAAGUAGAUACAGCCAACGGCAACUAACAUAUGAUAACAGUCUGAAGUCUUCAAAGGAAAAAGGACGCCAGAACGAAAAUAAAAUUAAUGAUAUUCAAACGCCUUUAAUAUAUUCAAACUUGUUGGAAAGUCCACAACAGCCAGUAAACACAAUUGAACGAGAAUCAAUUCUAAUUCAACACAAUGUAGCUGCGGCAGAUAAACCCAAAACGGCGGAUGUAUCUUUCGAAUUAGAUAAUGGUGUGGAACUACAUAGUAAAGUUUCAGAUGUUGAACAAUACAAGAAUUUGCAACAGCAAUUAGAGACUGCAGCAGUACUUAUGGAUAUAAAUACAAGUAUUAAAAGUUCUGUGAUAAAAUCAAAACGUCCAUCUAUUAAUAAUGAUGUGCAAGAGGGCAUUGAAAUAGACUUAUCCGUCAAAAAAGUGAAAAGGGAACACUGCAGUCAAAUGAAUAUAGUUCCAACAACAAGUAACCUUUCCCAAUCUCAAAUACUUGAUGUCGAUGCAAGUCAUAUGAGGAAUGAUGGAAACUUAAGGAAGUAUAGUAUUACUCUAAAUGAAGUUGGCCCUUCUAGCUACCAACUGAACACCAAAAAUCUGCAUACCGAAAGUAUUGCUUCUGGUUUAUCGGUUUCUGAGGACAGCUCUGAUUCAAAUAAAUUAGAAAUGGAUAUCGCAUCUGCUAUGUAUGACAGAAAGACUCCAGAGAGCGUAAGUUCUGACCAUGCGACAGAUGCUGUUACUACUCAACUGUGGCAAGCAUUAGCUCGCUCGGCUGCUAAAAAUAAAGAUGAGAGUCGCGCAACACAGCUUUUACGGAAUAUGAUGAGUCACACUUACGGAUUUCCUGUGCCGUCAACCAUUGCAUUGACAAAAGUACCUGAAGAACCCAUACCACUUUUAAAGGAUAUGCCUGAAUCGCAACCGAAUGUUGUCAAAAUAUGUAGAAGAAAGCAGAGUUUUCCUACUAAAACUGAUUGCAAGGAAUCUCCAGAUAUUACAGACACCGAUACUCGUCUUCAUCCAGAAAAUAUGUCCAAUCCAAUUACAGAAGGAAUUAAAGAUAAGAAGAGCAUAAAAUGUAGCAGCACUGCUGCUCUAUCUACUUCUCAAAAGGAUAUGUCUUGUUCUAAUUGUGGCACACUGACAACAACAAUUUGGAGACGGAGCGUAAGAGGAGAAAUGGUUUGCAACGCUUGUGGGUUAUACUUCAAGCUUCAUGGCGUUAAUAGACCCCAUUCUAUGAGACGUGAUACUAUUCAUACACGGCGCAGGCGUCCAAAAGAGUGCGAAAAAUCUAAAAAAAGAAACAGGCAAAUACCCGGCACUACUGUAGUAGAAUAUGAAAGGGAUAAUAGCCCCAUAGAAUGCAAGAAAUCGGAUAUGUCCUUGGCAGAGGAGACACCCACAUUUUCAAAUUUAGUAUUUAAGAAAUACAAAACGGAAAUAUCUGAGACA